AUGAGUGAAAAUCCUUUCGAGAGCCGGAUCGGAGCAGAAAUUGAUAAUGAAAGUGAGAUGAUCUUUGAUGCCACCAACGAGGCACUUUCUAAACCCAAUCCGUCGUUGGAAUACUGCACGCUUACAGUGGAAGAAACUCUUGAUAAAUUAAGGACAAGCGCAGAGUUUGGAUUGGAUUCUAUCGCCGAGACAAGUCGAAGGAGGUUAGAAUUUGGUGUAAACGAAGUUGUUUCAGAGGAUAAUGAAAGUAUAUGGAGAAAAUUUGUAAUGAAUUUCGUGGAAGAUCCAUUGAUUCUUUUGCUAAUAGGUUCAGCUGUAGUUUCGUUCAUUAUGGGUAAUAUUGAUGACGCGGUUAGUAUUACGCUCGCCAUCGUGUUUGUGGUUACAGUUGGCUUUGUACAGGAAUACAGAUCUGAGAAAUCACUAGAGGCACUUAAUAGGUUAGUUCCUGCCGAAUGUCAUUUAGUUAGAUGUGGUCAAGAAUCUCACGUUCUUGCAAGUGGUCUGGUACCAGGUGAUUUGGUCAAUUUCAAAUUUGGUGAUAGAAUUCCUGCUGACAUUAGAAUUGUGGAAUCUGUGGGACUUUCCAUUGACGAAAGUAACUUGACUGGUGAACAGGAACCAGUACACAAGACUUCUCAGGAAGUCUCUAAGGAAAGUUACAAUGAUCAACCGUUCUCAAUUGUGCCUAUUUCCGAUAGAACUUGUAUUGCAUACAUGGGGACAUUGGUUAAGGAAGGGCAUGGUAAAGGUAUCGUUGUUGGUACCGGUAAAAAUACUUCCUUCGGAUCUGUCUUCGAAAUGAUGAGUACAAUUGAAAAACCAAAGACCCCACUACAAAUGUCUAUGGAUAAAUUGGGCAAGGAUUUAUCCCUAGUCAGUUUUAUUCUCAUCGGUUUGAUUUGUUUAAUUGGUGUUUUCCAGGGAAGAUCUUGGCUGGAAAUGUUCCAAAUUUCAGUUUCUUUGGCGGUAGCUGCUAUUCCUGAAGGUCUACCCAUCAUUGUAACCGUGACUUUGGCAUUGGGUGUUUUAAGAAUGGCUAAGCGUAAGGCUAUUGUUAGAAGACUACCAAGUGUGGAGACUUUGGGAUCUGUCAAUGUGAUUUGUUCCGAUAAGACUGGUACUUUGACAUCAAAUCAUAUGACGGUCUCUAAGAUUUGGUGCUUGGACAGUAUGGAGAGUAAAUCAAAUGCAUUGGUGUUAGAUAAGCCUAGAAGUACCAAUUACAGGAAUUAUUUGACGGAAGAUGUGAAGGCAACUUUAACUGUUAGUAAUUUUUGUAACAAUGCGUCUUUUUCUCAAGAGCAUUGUAAACAUUUAGGGAACCCUACAGAUAUUGCUCUCUUGGAAAACUUGUCCAAAUUCGAGCUUCAGGAUUUGAGAUCCCAAACUAAAAAGGUACACGAAAUUCCUUUCAAUUCAAGGAAGAAAUUUAUGGCUGUUCAACUUAUUGACCUUGAUGGAAAAUGUUCUCUUUAUGUGAAAGGUGCAUUUGAGAAAGUUUUGGAACAAUGUAGUACAUUUUUGAACAAAAAGGGCAAGCCCGAAAAAUUGUCGGAUUCUCAUAGGGAAUUGAUCACUGAAACAGCUAACUCUUUAGCAUCUGAUGGUUUACGUACUUUAGCAUUUGCUAAAGCUGAAUUGCCCAAUGGCAAGAAUAAAGUCGAUGAGGACUCUAUCAGCGGAUUAACUUUCACCGGGUUGAUUGCCAUGAGCGAUCCUCCAAGACCUACCGUGAAACCAGCCGUCGAAAGACUACUUCGCGGUGGUGUUCACGUCAUUAUGAUUACUGGUGACUCUGAAAAUACUGCUGUCAACAUCGCUAGAGAAGUAGGAAUUCCUAUCAUCAAUCCUGAAUUAUCGGUUUUAUCUGGUGAAAAAUUGAAUGAGAUGACUGAGGAACAGUUGGCCAAUGUCAUUGACCAUGUUAGUGUGUUUGCUCGUGCUACACCAGAGCAUAAAUUGAACAUUGUUUCCGCAUUAAGGAAAAGAGGUGAUAUUGUUGCAAUGACUGGUGACGGUGUGAACGAUGCUCCUGCUUUGAAAUUAGCUGAUAUCGGUGUUUCCAUGGGUACCAUGGGGACAGACGUCGCUAAGGAAGCAUCCGACAUGGUUUUGACAGAUGAUGAUUUCAGUACCAUCUUAACUGCCAUUGAAGAAGGUAAAGGUAUUUUCAACAACAUCCAAAACUUCUUGACCUUCCAAUUGUCUACCUCUGUCGCUGCCCUAUCUCUAGUAGCAUUAUCCACCACUUUCAAAUUACCUAAUCCUCUCAAUGCUAUGCAAAUUCUUUGGAUCAACAUUUUAAUGGAUGGACCACCUGCUCAAUCUCUAGGUGUGGAACCUGUGGAUCAUGAAGUGAUGAAGAAACCUCCAAGAAAGCGUACUGAUAAAAUAUUGACUAACGAGGUGCUAAAACGUUUGUCACUUUCUGCCUUUGUCAUUAUAAUAGGGACCGUCUACGUUUUCAUCAAAGAGAUGGCAGAGGAUUCGCAAGUUACCUCAAGGGAUACCACUAUGACAUUCACCUGCUUUGUAUUCUUCGACAUGUUUAACGCAUUGGCAUGUAGACAUGCCACCAAAUCCGUUUUUGAAACAGGUCUUUUCGCCAACAAAAUGUUCAAUUAUGCUGUGGGGCUUUCCUUAUUGGGUCAAAUGUGCGCUAUCUAUGUGCCCUUCUUCCAACAAGUGUUUAAGACAGAAAGUUUGUCACUAGGCGACCUAUUUUUCUUGUUGAUUAUCAGCAGUACAGUACUUAUCGCCGACGAAGUGAGAAAGCUAUGGAAUAAAAGAAAUGCUCUAAACGAUCCAUAUCUAUACUCUAACGUCUGA